AUGUUGCUGGGAGGAUUUCCAAUGACCUUUGGUGGACGCGUAGAACGCGAACGAAAACCAAAAUGUGCUCGAUGCCGAAAUCACGGAUUGGUUUCAUGGUUGAAGGGACACAAAAGGCACUGCAAGUACAAAGAAUGCGCUUGUGACAAAUGUAACUUAAUUGCUGAACGUCAACGUGUCAUGGCUGCACAGGUUGCUCUGAAACGAAAACAAGCUACAGAAGAUGCAAUUGCUCUUGGAUUACGAGUUGUUUCCGGACAACAAAUUGACAGAUUGCCUCAAGGUCCUGUGUGGAAUACAGCAGCUGAUGAAGAAGAUAACAUAGACCUUUCUCGAUCUCCUUCACCUGCCAUUGACUGUUCGCCUCCUAAACGUAAGAAAGAGUUAUGCAGUCCCCAGGAAGUUCGAACACCGGGACGAAUGUCUUCAUUAGAGUUAUUGGAGAUUCUGUUUGAAGAACAAGAAAAACGAGUAUUAGAUCUUAUUCUUGAAGGUUGUAAUGGAGAUGUGUUACAAACGAUUGAGCAUUUCGCGUGUGCUCGGAAGAUAAGGAAUCAAAAUAACAGAUGUCCGAGCAAGUCUGAAGAUGUUAGCAUUCCCGAUUAUUCAUCGUUGAUGAAAUCGCUGCAGAAACCAGCCUUCUCAAUGGAAUCAUUACUACAGCCUCGACCAAAUAGUUUUCUUCCUUUUCCUUGGCCGACAAUGCUGCCGACAAUAUCUUCACCACUUGAUAUAAGUAAAACAAGUGAUAGCAAUAGUUCUAACUCCAUGUCUCCAGAUGCCAGUAUUGAUUAA